ACAGCUGUGGAUGCCUAGUGUCUGCGUUCUGCGUUCUGACCCCACAUUCCGUUCGCGGCCCCUCUGUAUGCGUGCUAAGUUUGCCAAGCAAGAACCAAGUUGGACCUAUUGGAUUUUUUUUUGUAACUUUUCAGCCCUCAUUGACAAUCGUCCUAUUCCCAAUCAUUAAAGAGGCGUCUUUCUUGGAGUAAGUCUUUGGAUUGAAUUGGUGUGUUCGAGUACCUCUUUCUUCGCAUCGAGCGGCUGUAGAAGUGGAUAAAUAUGAUCCUAUUCUCUGGAGAAACAGUAACAUGUUACAGAUAAGUAGGGCAGAGUUUCAUUAAGGAGCUCCUUCAUUACGGUUUCUUAUUUAAGAAGACAAUACAUGAUCUAUUCUUGUCGUGCAGCCUAUUGCCCUUUUCGGCCACCUUGCCCAUGGGGACAUCCAACCCAAAAACAUUUCGAUUGGACCUGAACAGUGUGUAGUCCCUACUGUGCUGUGCCCGGUGCGUCCCCGCAGCGCUUCUCCUCUCACCAUGAGCCUUGUGUCGGGCUUCCCUCACCACCCGGUCAUGCACCACCACGACAGCCACUACUCCUUCCACGCUGCAGCGGGCCGAUGUCACGAGGAGACCGGAGGACCUCCGUACUUUACGGGCUGGUUGAUCAGCCACGCAGACAUGUCCCCCACCGAUUACGCACUCGCGCCCGGCUACAGCCCAGAGUACCUGGGAAACACGGCUUCUGCCGUCGGACUGGACCCUCAUCAUCACCAUUACGGGUCGGCUCUGGUCCCGGCCGGGAUCUCGGUGAACGGCAGCACGGGCAUGCACCACCACACGCACCCCCGGCCCGUGAAGCGGAGACCCACGGCCAACCGCAAGGAACGACGCCGAACUCAGAGCAUCAAUUCGGCUUUCGCCGAGCUGAGGGAAUGUAUACCGAAUGUACCGGCGGACACCAAGCUGUCUAAAAUCAAGACCCUGAGGCUGGCCACCAGCUACAUCGCAUAUCUGAUGGACAUUCUGGACAAAGACGGUCAGCACGGAGACACAGAGGCCUUUAAAGCCGACUUUAAGAAGACAGACGGGAAGGAGGAGAGGAGGAAAAGAGAAGCAGUGGAGGUUCUGAAGACCCCUUCGUCCGCAGUGGGGGACAAGAAGACCAAGGGCCGCACGGGAUGGCCCCAGCACGUCUGGGCCCUGGAACUCAAACAAUAGACACACGUUACUCACCGGCGGGCUCUUCUAAUGUACGAGACGGAAGGCGGGAACAUUCACAACCUUUUUUUGUUGUUUGAGAGUUGACAAAUUGCGCGGGACGUGUCGUUCAGCAGAAUGUGGCCCUGGCGCCAAAUCACGAUCAGACGGUCGGCUCCCCCUUCUCCAGGUCUCAUGCUUACUGCCUCCCACCACGUAAACAAAAGCGCGCGCAUACACACGCACAUACGCACGCACACGCACGCACACACACACACACACACACACACACACACACACACACACACACACACACACACACACACACACACACACACACACACACACACACACACACACACACACACACACACAAACACACAGUCUAUGUUCAGCUGCGUUAAAAGAUAGGCCUACAUGUAUGUGCAAUGUUUCCCUGGUGAAUGGAGUUGAUUGGGAAAGACUGAACCGACGCCUUCAUUCAAUGGAUGGAAGGACAUUGUCUUAAUUAACCGAUGUCGUUAAUGAACAAUUAUCUAUUAUAGUUGGAAAGAACAAGUCAUUUGUAAGACUACAGAUGUAUCAGUUGUUAAACUCCUCGUUGUUAUAUCGGAAUUCAUCCCACUAUAUUCGGAGUAAAUGUCGGAGGCGUCCCGGUGAUGGAGGUGUCAGUAUUAUCUGUGUUGUUGUCGUCGUUGAGUCGUAUCAGUAGGCCUAUUCAGUGGUGGAUUCUUUCAAAUACGUAUCUCCUGCCCACUGGCGAGGUCUAUAGCUGAUAAAUAGUCUAGGCUGUUGUUGGUUGUUAACAGUGUAAUUGAUACAAUAAAAAAAAGAGAUUUAAAAUAAUAUGUCUCCGUAAAUGCCCCGUUUCGCUACGCGGCAACUGGCGAGAACCACCAGCGGGUUAUUUGAAUUAAUAGCCUAAAUAUUCGGCCAUAUCUUUGUCAUUUGUCCAGAGCCUAACAAUGUCAUUUCACAAUUAAUUUAACAAUUUAAACAAUUAAAAUGUUAAAAUCCAGUUCAUUGUCUUGGCAAAUAUUGACGUGAAUAUAACGCUUAUAAUAAAUCGGUCAUCGAUUAAUUUCUUAAAAGUAGGCUUAUACAUUAUACUACUUUAUUAGAAAAUGUAAAUGUGUCCUGUCAACCUGCUACAAUCAUAAAUGUUUUUGUUAUCAUCGUUAAAUGUCAAGGCAAAAACAACCAAUCUUCAAACAUUAGUCAGGCAAUUAUAGUAGGACUACACGUUACAGUUAGGGAUGUGACCACCAGAAUAGAGAAUGUAAAAACAAUAGUGGGCGUGUUUUAAAGUAUUUUAAAGAUAGAUAUCCAAAUAUUCAACAGAACUGUCUUCAAAACAAAACUUUUAGUACAAAGAUAAAGGGGAUUAUGGCUGAAUGCAACCGUGGAAAACAUUAUGGAUUCAUUACAGAUGUGUCAAUAUUGUACCUGUUCAUGAGCCAGAUGUCCCUAAUCCUCAGGGCAGCUUCUGCAAAGCUAUCCAAUGUAUGUUAACUUCAUCAUAAUUUAAAUAAAAUGUGUACCAACCUAUUUCAGCCAGGCUGUUACAGAAAGUUAGAGAGAAUAAUAUUGGCAUAAAGACCAGUAGAAACCAUAAAGCAUGUGCACUUUUUCUCAAUCCCCACUCUUAGUUUAUCACCGCUAAUCUCUCUGACUCUCCCUUAGGUUCUCUGCUAUUUAUGUGCCUCUGACUCAUGUAUUCAUUCCUCUUUUAACCAUCCACCCCAGCCCCCACCAUCACCACUUCUGUCUCUCACUCUCCUCUAUCAUCUCCACCUCUGCUGGUCCACCGCUCCCUUCAUCUGCCUGUCCCACCUCACCGCCAGUCUGUCCGUCUGGCUGCCCCGCUGUCCAUCUGCUGUACUCUAAGUGCAGACAACUGGGGAGUGUGAUAGAUGACUUGGAAAGCAUUUCUUCCUCUGUUAAUAACAUAACAUCUGUCAGCAAUUACUUGCUGAUAAAUGCCGCCGACCCUCGCCCCUCUCUCCCUCUUACUCCAUGCCCUGCGACUCCUGCCUUCCUCCACCAUCGCUGACGUGUGCUGGGACUCUCAGCGACGGGAAAGGGAACCAGAGCGAACUCCCUUUAGAAGGAGUAUGGCUGAAGGCGAGGUAGGCUAUUGGUGCUCAGAGAUUCAGACAUUAUUCUGAAAUGGCAGGACAAAGAUUUAACUAUAGAUCCUUUUAUUGCUGUGUGCCAAUCUGGAAAUGUAAUGUAACAACAAAUGGUCAUUAUAAUGGCCAUUUGUCCGGCUCAGUCCGGCUCCUAUUUGGAUUAUUAGACCUACUAAUUUUCAGCCUUGUUUUGACAAGCAUUUGACAACCAUGAAAUGAUUCUAAGUGAUAAGGGAAGUAUUCAUUUAAAUGGAAUGAAUACAAAUUGUGGAUUAUUCACCAUAGACGGCUAGGUAUUAACAUCUAUAAAAUUGUACGCAAAAGUGAAUUGUGGAAUUAUUAUUUUAAGUUGACUGCUAUAUCAUUUGAAUAGGCCUAUAUUUGUUUACUUCCUCUGCGUCAUGCUUUCUUAACAGAAAUAAUAACAAGUCUUGAAGUAAUAGGCCUAUGUCUCAUUUUUGUCAAAUUCAAAUUGGGUGUUGUUAGCGAUGCAUUUUUGCUUGCGUGUGGAUAUUUGCAUUAUGUUUAUUUGCACAUUGAUCGCCAUUUAGGGCCCUAAUAUGCAGAGUGGAGGAAACACGGAAACACAUAUUUUCAUAUUGUAUAUUGGGAAACAAAUAUACUUUACUCUAUACACUGUAUGCACUUUUAAUCAAUGCUACUAGGAAAGGGAAUACAGACAGUUCAAUCAGCAGGGACUAGUUACGCAUAAACAAAGAAGAUUGAUAGACAAUACAAUGUUCGUUUUGGUUAUUAUACCCCAUGGUGAUCAGCUGUCAGAUGAGAUCCCCCCAUAGAGUUUAUUGGUGGACCGUGGUGGUGGGGAGGUGGCCAGAGGAGAUUCCUGGUGAGCAACUCAACUGGACCAAUCUCCUGUUGUUGGAGACAGAAGGAGCCAGAGACUAGGAGAAGGGGACGGAGAAGAGCUGCAAUGGAGUCCAAAUGAGAGUGAGGGACUGGAUGAAUUGGGUAUAUGCCGCAACAUUUCACUCAUCAAUAAAGGGGGAAAGCUGAUUGGCUGAGUAGAGAUGGGAGUGGUCAGCCCUGACUGAGAAUGUCGACAUGCAAGUUACUGAAGUAAAGGGGGAUGUAGUCUUGUUGACUUUUGCUGCAGCUAAAUUUUAAAGAUACAAUCUAAAACAUUCUAGCAUGUAGGCGGGCGGGCCGUACAUAUAUAGAUGGAAUAUAAUACAGUCUACGUGGCUGCAGUUGUGUUCUGCUUAGGUUUAUCAGAGCAGUCCUUUAUGAAGUGGAUGCAAGGAAUGUUGGAAAUUGCAUUAUAGCUAUAGGCAAUUAGGAGAAACCAGCCAGAGUAAGCUAGAUUUUAAAAAUAUACAACCAAAAGAUCAAUGAAAUGAUUGGACGAGCUUUAGAGGCAUGAAGGCAUUUUCUUUUUUUGUCUGAAAAUUUGAUUCAUUGAUCGCCGUCAGGAUGUAAAGAUAAUUUCAACAAACAUGAUAAAAAAAACCUUUUCAAUAAAUUGUCUACCAUAGCUUUAAAGUCACAAUAUCCCAUACACACACACACACACACACACACACACACACACACACACACACACAAACACAGAGUCUAUGUUCAGCUGCGUUAAAAGAUAGGCCUACAUGUAUGUGCAAUGUUUUCCUGGUGAA